GCUGUAUUUGUACUUUUACUUAAGUAAAGGAUCUGAAUGCUUCUUCCAGCACUGUGCUUCACAUAUGACUCUUUUCACAUGAAUUCGAGACUGUAAUAAACCUGUGAAAACCACAGUAGACAUUUAUUGCUACAAAACAAUGGCUUUAAAGGGGCAGCUGAAGGCCUUUUGUCUGUUGAAGUGAAUCCCUCAGUUGCAUCACAGUGGCACUGGAAGGUAUGAAUACUGUUGAUCCACUUUUAACUUUCUAUUUACUUACUAUGGAAGUUUGAGGGAACACAGCAUAAACAUACAGAUACAGACACUUAAACAUUUUAAACCACCACAGCACGCAUUCACAAAUGAGUCACUUAUGAGUAUUACAUUUCUUACUUUUUCCUAUAGUCAUUUUAGAUGUAGACUAGAUAAAUAGAGAAACUACAACAACCUGAAAACAGUCUCAGUAACUCUUUGCUCAAGGAAAUAAAAGUUUUGGUUUAAUUAUGGCAACAAUAUGUCAGUCACACCUACAUGAAACCUGAACUGUAUACAGUGUAAACAGCGUUAAAGAAAGUGACAAGGUUUCUUUAAAGGAGUUUCUCUGCUCUUGGCCCAAAUUCUUCAUUGAGAUUACAGACCAAUUGCAGAUUAAGAUUAAGAUUGAUUGAACUAAUAUUUUCCUCACACCUAUGUUCCCAACUUGAGCCUUGUGUGAGCUUUCUUCAUCACAGACAGAAAGAUUACAUAUAUUUAUUCAGUGUGUGCCAAACACUGUCUGUCUAUUCAAGAUGGUACUGACUUCUCACUGAAUUUACUAUCACUAAUUUACUCAUCGUGCUGUGUGUUUGUGUGUGUGUGUGUGUUUUGGAUAUUUGUAUGUAACAGGAGGAGGCACUAUCAGUGCACUACAGAAGGCGAGGUUUGACAAUUAUCUCCCUCCUUCACACAUACACAAAACACACUGUAUAAAGAAAAGAGUAAAAGAAGGCGGGCAUUUCCAAGAAAUGUGUUAUUUUACAGUAUGUGUAGGUUCUUUUAUGACAGAAUAAAACCAAACGAAAUACAAAUCUACUUGCCAAUCUUUACGAAAGAAAUAGAAUUGAAACAAAUAAUAUCAAAAAUGUUGGAUUAAAUCCUUAGUUCAAGUUUUCAUUUAUAUUUAAGAAUUUAAUACAAAUGGGAUUACAAGUGCUUUAAAGGCAUCUGUGAUAUGCAAAAGUUUGGAACCUGCUAUCAAUUCCAAAUAAAUCAACAGGCUAUAAGGACUAAUACUAUGAGUUAUUUAUUACUUAAUAUUUUUCUAUUACUGCUAAACACUUGAUUCCAUCAGUUAUCUUUGUAAACGCAAGUGAAAUCAGGCCAACAUUUUCUAAAAUAAUUUGAGAAUCAAAAUUUUCAUCAAUAACUCAAACUAUUUGAAUACAUAAUGUAUAUAAAUAUACCUCAAACCUGUUGAUUGUGCCUUCAGUUAAACAAUUAAAUAUGCAGCAUUAAACACAUGCAGAAGAACACAACAUUUCUAAUAAUACAAAUGCUAUUUUAUGUUUGAAGUAUUAUUAAUGGCAUCUGACUGAAUUCAUAUUUCAAAUAGCCUAAACCAGUACAUUAUGCUGUUCAUACUAUGAACUACAGUCGAAGAAGGCAACCUGAAUUUUCAGUGCAGUUUUGCAUAACGCAUUGAUUCCUUUGCUCUUGAUUGAAUUAAUCUAUUUUUACAAAAAGGACACAGUCCAUCAAAGGCUCAUAAUAGAAUGAUGAAGUCCUGGAGGCCCUACAUAUCACCAUGUCCUGGGUAAAACGAUUAAAGUGGCUGUAAAACCAUAGACUGGCCUGGCGCUUUAAUAAGAAAUAAACAGAUUUUUAAUUAAUAUUUUACGCAUAAGACGAAUGUAUCCUUCAUUGGUGAUUUCUUAAACCGAGGGAAGUUUAAAAAGACCCGCGAAAUUGUAUCUUAAAUUCGUUUCUCCUGUCGCCCCUCCUAGCAGGCUGAUAACUCUUGUUCUGGCUGAGGUCCAUCUCCCUCCACACAGCACAGACUGACAGUACACUACAGUAAUAUCUCCAAUAUAUGAAUAUAAUGACAUAAAAAAAUAUUUUUUAGUAAUCAAACGUCAUCAGUUCAAGUAAAACAGUCCUGCUUUUGCUUUUCAGGAAUUUAUUUCCAUGUUGAGGUCACUAUAUGGUGGGUCUGAUGGACAUCUGUGUUUCUUUGGACAACUUUAAAUGAAUUUAAUUAGCAAAAACAGCUUAAAUUGAAUCAAAUGUUGCAGCCAAUAUAUGCAACACAUUACUAUUUAGGUAUUUGUAAUUCGAAAAGUUUGUACUAGAUCGUUUGGUGGAUGUAUUUUUAUUGAAAUGUUCAAAAUACACAUUCUCAAAUUACGCCUUACCACUGACAGCGUUUAAUUACACAACAAACUUUAAUAUAAUUGAUCAAAUCUCUCCAAUUAAAUUUACAUAUAGGCAAUUAAGAUCACGCUGAUUCUUAUUAUGUGCUUCUUAAAUGGAUAUUCAACAUUUUAAGCAGGAUUUUUACAGAAUAAUCCAGCUGGAGAAAACACAAACUGUACCAAGUUUGUGGACUGAGAGGAGAGGCACACUGUGGUGGCGGGGCUCACACUACACGGUUCUCAUCAAGGCUUUAUAAACCCUGAACCUCUCAAGAGGGCAAGUAGAGAUAUCACUCUGACGCCCAUCUGUUUCUCGCUCUGUGAACCUCACUCACUUGAACCUGGGAUUAGCGCUCCGACAAUGUCGUCUCCUGUGGUUGCUUUCCCCUUGGCGGUAAUGGGCAAACCUCUUAAGAAGAGAGCCAGGACCACGAAGAAGAAGACUGGUCCUACAGUGUCAGACCUGAUACUAAAGGCCAUGUCCACAUCCAAAGAGCGCGGCGGCACGUCCUUGGCGGCCCUGAAGAAAGCUCUGAAGGCCGGCGGAUACGAUGUGGUGAAGAACAAAGCCAGAAUCGUCACCGCUGUCAAACGUUUGGUGGCCAACAAAUCCUUGGUCCAAACUAAGGGCACCGGGGCCGCGGGCUCCUUCAAGCUCAACAAGAAGGCCCCCAAACCUCGUAAGAAGGUGGUGAAGAAGAAGAAGCCGAAGGCGAAAAGGGCCAAGAGGAGGAGCGGCGUCAAGAAAGCAGCCGGAGGUGCCACUCCAGCCAAGAAGUCACCCAAGAAAAAGAGGAAGGCAAAGAGUCCUAAAAAAGCCAAGAGGCCCGCUGCGGCUAAGAGGCCCAAGAAGCCCAAGAGUCCCAAAAAGACCAAACGCAAGACCGCCAGAUCCACCAGGACCAGGACGGCAGCCAAGAAGUGAAAACUCUCCCACUGAACACUAAAUGCUGCCCAGAAGCGUUUCUGGCGGCGUUUAACUUAUAUGUGGACUAUACCUGUGCAUUCCAAGAGCUUGAGUUUGCUUUUUUCCUUCUAGUUUUUCUAUAAUAGAAAAUACUGAGCCUGCUGUUUUACACUCCUCUCCCUGUGCCCAUUUGCCGUGUUCUUUAAUGCAUUUGUUUGGAACAAUAAAACUAUUUUAAUUUACAAAACCUGUCGUCUGAUGAUUUCAUCUGGGGUUUAAAAAAAAAAUAUGACGGGUAGCCUUUCACUGUCUAUCCAGGAACUCUAUGGAUAAGUACACAAUAUGAAACUUAGAAAGUCAAACUUAACUGAGCCUUUAUACAUCAUGUUUCAGCCUUAGUUAUGAAUAAGUACAUUUGCCUAUUUUAGUAGUCAUAUUUAUCACCACUGAGUUCAGGACCUUAGAGGUAAACGAAGUGUUUUGUGGUCUUAAACAGAGUUCGUUAACGUCUGACUAAUCAAUUAUAUUUUUUGUACUCACACACUCCAUUUUAGCGCUUACUUACUUAAAAGUGUAUCUACUUCAUUGACAGUGACGCAAGAGAACUCUCAAGAGCGCGCGGAAUGUUUUGGAGUGGCGCUAUUGGUGCCAUUACGCGCCAUUACGCACGGGGAGCAAGGCGUGUGUAGCCCUGUAUACUCACGCAUACGACACAAACAUCAACUGUGGUCACACAUUAUCCUGAAUAAAACAUGUUUAUGCGUAUGUAAUAUCUGGAAGAGAACGUCACACUGUUACGGAGAUGCUGGUACGAGGUUGUUGAACCUGCAUUAAAAACUGCAAACAAAUGUUUUUGAACAUUUAGUUUGCUUGUUUGUUUUCAGCGAUUCCAAUGAUAGUUAAUAUAACAAGAUAAUUGGGCGGGACCAGGUUGGUUAUAGAACAGCGGGUGAUGACACUGGCCAGCUGCUUGCAAAACACUGCUAAUCAUCACUGACAACAGUGAAGCUUGAGGGGUGUGACAAGCUGUAUUCGUUGGGUUUUCCUCUUAUCUCCAGCAGAAAAAAAACACGACAGCGGUUCAAUGAGGGUGACGCAAUGGGAUUACUGAUGAGUAUUGACAUACCGUCCUCAUCCAAGAUUAUAAAGAAAUUUAUACAGCAGAAGAGUUAAUACUGCUUACUCUUAGUGACUUUUUGGCAUGAGAAAUGUAGUGGUGCAGAGGAGAAACUUCCACUGAAUAUAGGUCGAACCAAUAAAGCAUAUGAGACAGCAUUAAAAGGGUUAUGAUCCAUAUUCAUACCCAACUGAUACUCGUGAUACUACACGCUGAAGUAGUGAGAUGUUGAACUCCCGGAGUGAAAGUAUUUUAUACUGAAUGUAUGAGGCUGACUCGGCUGUACGGAGUUCAUCAGCCGUAUGGUUUCAUACUGCCACCUACUGGAUGGUUUCAGUAACAGUUAAUUCACUGGAGAGUAAGGAAGGACUGCUGGCAGUUCAGGCACAUUUUCAUUAUGGUCACUUUUAACAAGUAGAGUUUGGCAAACAUGCAACUAUUUUUAUAAAAUUAUAUUUCCUUUAUAUCCAGCCCACCUAUUGGAGGGAAAGGGAUAGUUGGAGGUAAUCAUGUACGGUCCGUGAUUGAUUUCUUUAAUGAUUACUGCAGUGUUACAUAAAAUAAACAAUGAGAACAAAAUGGAAAGUUCACAAGUGAUAUGACAAAACGUUUCAGGUCAUUUCACACUGGUCUAAACUAACAUUGCUUCAUUUAAUUCUGCAGUUUUAUUUGAAUCUGUACUGUUUUUAUCGUCAACUGUGGUUUUUCACGUUCAGGCUUUUGCUUGUUACUGAAAUGCUUGUGGUGGCUGGUGGUGACUCAUUCAGAAAUUCCCAGGACAUUCUUAGUGACGGAGGCUCAUGUGACACGGUACAAACAUGUGAAAACGAAGCCACUUCCUACUUUCAAAUCAGAUCUUUUCUUCAUAUCUGCUUUCAGUUCCCUUUGAUAAGAGGAAGUUGCAGAACAAAUUUUAUCUUAAAAGACAAGCCUUGGAACGGAAUAUUUAUGAACCAAAGCAGUUUCAGUCUAGCUGUCUUUCUUUCACUUGCCAAUUUUUCUUUCAAAAGAUAGCAGUUUGUGUAUUCAGUGGGGAAAUAAAGAAAUAGAUUAUACCCGAAAUAAAAACAUAGUCACUGUCCAUGAUUUUUGCACAAGUGUGUGCACCCAAACUCGUCCAAUGUGCACAAUGUUCUAAUGUAAAACUAAAAAACUACUGGCAAAUGUGUUUUUUGACAAAUCAUGGUUAAGGUAUUUGGCUUCACACAACAUGGAGGUCUUGUUUACUUACAAACUGUACAUGUUUACGCAGGUUCUUAUGACUUCCGCAUAUUACUCUCAGGUUACUUCAGGACACUGCAGUUUUAUCAGCAAAACAUGCACUGACUGAGAUAUCAAGUUUUUAAACCUCAUACAACAUAAAGGGGGGGGGCAGUAGGAAGGAGAACAUAGCACAAUGCCAGUUCCACAAACAGAUGUAUAGUAGUAGUAAUAAUAAUAAUAAUAAUAAUAGUGAGUGUUGAGUAGAAUCACGGUGGCAGUGGGUGGCUUGCGAUCACAGAUUCCAGAUUCUGCAGCUCCAGAGGCUGAAA